AUGUCCCCAACAGGUAACAAGCUUAUCACUAACCCCUCCAGCCUAGCAAACCUCCAUCUAAACCACUGCUACAAGGAAGCUAGCACCAGCCGGUGGCAACUACAAGCCCUCUUCCAGUCAUUCUUGGAGGGCAGAUCGGCUGAUACCUUGCUUGCCGUUCAAGAACGACGACUUCUCAUUUCCUGGGACCUUAAGGCUAUUCACCACCUGAGGAGAUGCUUGAGGGCAUGGAUUUUAGAUCAGGUCCCAGGUGACGCGAUCGGUGCAUUCCUCGUGACUAUCUUUCUAUGCCGAGGACGCUCACCCGAAUACACCAGCCCAUGGCAAGAGUGUCUCUGGAUGCUCCGAUACCACGAGAGAUUUCCCCCUCACAUCCCUACACCGCUGCCAGCUGAUGCGAGAUGGCCCCUCUUCAUGGGUGCCCUCAGUGACCCGGAGCUUGAAGACCUCAUGGACAGGCUAGGAGACGGCGAUGACCAUGCAGGGGGAUAUUCGCCUCCUCUGUUCACUGGUGUGCGUGAGGAAGAUAUUCCUAUCAUCCAGGCGUUCCGGAGAUUCAAUCUUCACAAGAAUGAUUUCUCCGAAGACUUUCCUCUGCCCGAGUCUAGGACCGAUCGGAUUGAACAUACAUCGCAUCAGACUAAUAGAUUACAGGAUAAGCCUCUCCCAUCCAUUCCCAUUUUCACUCCCGUGAGAAAGCCUCUCCGAGCCAUACCCAUUGACAAGGCUCUUCCCCAUAAUCCUCUCCUUCCCCUUCCUCCACUUUCACGUCCAGCAAGCCCAAAUUUCUCAUCUGUGCGUGUGUCGACAUUUCCAUCAGGAAUGAGGCCUAAAGUUCAAGGGGCAGACUGUAUACCAAGCGGAAAUGCUAACAUCGAGCAGAGAAAGGAUAAGACUGGGCUGCAAUCGUCCGCGACGUCUCGCCUGAAGUCGACACCUUCCGUUAACCUCAACCAACAGGCUCCUCAUCCUUCAGACAUCACUUAUAUUCCCUGUUAUAUACAUCAUAAUGCUUCCCCGGCCCCUCCUAGGCUGAAAAGGAAAGCAGCGCUCGAAGACUUACGCAAGGCUCGAGAGCAAGGUGGUUGA